UAGGUUGGGUAAGUGAACGAAGGGAGAUUAUUCUGAUUACUUCUUUUAAACAUGGCUGGCAUGGAACUACUAUCCGACCAGGGUUUUCGAACAGAUGGCAGAAAACCUAAUGAACUUCGAAGAAUACGAUUUAAGAAAGGCGUUUUUAAACAAGCCGAUGGAUCAGCUUAUCUCGAACAAGGGAAUACUAAAGUUCUUGCUGCAGUUUAUGGACCACAUGAGAUUCGAGGAAGUAAAGGUAAAGCACUGCAUGAUAAACUUCUUAUUAACUGCCAGUACAGCAUGGCAACAUUUAGUACGCAGGACCGCAAGAGGAGGCCAAGGGGCGAUAGGAAGUCACAAGAAAUGACAAUGCACCUGAAACAAACAUUUAAUGCUGUCGUUCUGACUGAGCUGUUUCCCAAAGUUCAACUGGAUAUUUACGUUGAGGUUCUUCAAUCAGAUGGAGGCAACUACUGUGCCAGUGUGAAUGCUGCCACUUUAGCUCUCAUUGAUGCUGGGAUACCAAUGAAAGAUUAUGUGAUAGCCUGCUCUGGGAGUUUUGUGAAAGACACACCAAUAGUUGAUAUUAACCACUUAGAAGAGUCCACUGCUGGGGCAGAGAUUAUUGUAGCUGUCCUGCCUAGAUUUGACCAGAUUGUUUUUAUUGAAAUGAAUUCCAGACUUCAUGAGGAUCACUUGUCACGGGUGAUGGAUCAAGUUAUGAAUGGAUGUAAAGACAUAUUUAACAUUUUGAAUCAACAGGUCAAGGAUGAACUGUGUAAGAAGGCAGCAAUAGACAAACUGGUGGAUGCUGGGUAAAUCUGUUUAUUCCACUCAGUGAUUGUAAAUAUGCUAUCCUGUGAGUGAGAAGUGUGUGUGCAAUUCAUAGGAAUGAUUUUUUUUUUUUAUGUGCCUUUGAUUGUAUUGGGUACAAAUGAUUUGCUAUAUACAUAUGGUAGAAAUACUUUCAUUCUGUACAGAAUUUCAAAGUGACUUAGUUUAAUUCAAUGUCAGCAUACUACAAAUGACAAUUUACUAACAAAUUUGAGAGAAAAAUUCUUUUUCUAACCUUAUCUCAAAUGUCCCACUGUUCUAUAUUUAUUUAUUUAAAAAGGAAUCAUGAGGAAUUAAAAGGAAAAAACAUCUGACUGUACAUUUGAACUAAUCCUAUUAUUAUUGUUUAUACAGAGAGAAGUAAUCAUUUAUUUUAUACUUUUGUUGAUGUAAGUUUUGUUGUUAGGAAAAUAAUAAUCAUCUACUUUUGAUUACUAUAAACAUAUUCAUUCAUUAAAAAAAAAAAUACAUAUUCAUCUUCUAGACAUUUUUAUUUGUUUCUUUGUUGUUUAUCUUUUGAUAUUGCACUAAUAUUUUUCUUGCUGUGCAGCCAUUAGAUUGUAAUAAUAGAAAUGGAAAUGUUAGAGAAUAAAAGAAUGACAUUUUUCUUGAAGCAA